AUGGUCGAACUAGGCCCUGGUACAACGUGGAUAACUGUUUAUGCUGCCCUGGAACCAUAUGAUAUUUCGACGGCUGGAGGGCGAAUUAGCGGAGUUGGGGUUGGUGGUUUCCUUUUAGGCGGCGGCAUCGCCUUCGCAUCCGCUGAGAAGGGGUUUGGUGCAAACAACGUGAUCAACUACGAGAUUGUACUCUCUAAUGGUACGAUUGUCAGCGCAAACGAAGCUGAGAAUGAAGACUUAUUCUGGGCGAUGAAACUACCUUCCACGAAUUAUGGCAUUGUUACUCGAUUUGACAUGCGCACUUAUCCCUCUUCUGCGAUAUGGGGAGCCGUCAACGUGUAUCCCUUCACGCCAACUGUUGCAGCAGAACUCUCCGCACAGUCUGAAAAAUGGGGGCACGACGACACAAACAAAGACAACAUGGUAUCGUUCGCUAUGAUGCGAAACAAGGGCAGGAGUGCAGCCUUGGCAGUCCAAGUUAAUGAAGUUGGAAUCGCCCAAGAUCCACUGACAUCCAGUACACCUAUUAUGCAUUUGGAGACCACAGGAAGUACCUAUAAAGUGGUGCGUGAGGUAGUUGAUAGCGCUCUUGCGGCCACAACGCGAACCAGAUGGCACACAAUUACGACAAAGAUCGAUACGGAAUAUUUCAUGGACGUUUUUGAGAAGAGCGAAAUUAUCAUGAAACGUCAUGAUGACCGUGAGAAUAUCCUCUGGAGUAUAGCGAUCCAACAUUUUCAGAAGAGCUUCAUCAACGCAGCCAAAGAAAGUCCAAUCUUCAAUGCCCUAGGGGAAGGGAAGGAUGACUUAGUCAAUAUCCAUAUUCGAAUGGAGUGGGCAAACCCUGAUGACGAUGCUGCAUUAGAGGAAGCUGCUUAUGAACUCGGCACUUUAGCUGAGACUGAGGCUCGAAAAAGAGGUAUACUGAAUGAUUUUAUUUAUUUGAAUUACGCCGAUGGAAAUCAGCCUGUUUAUGAACGCUCUGUUACACCUAGAGAUAUGGAAAAGAUGAGAAAGGUAAAGAAAGCAUAUGAUCCGGCGGGAAUAUUUGACAGACUUUGGAGGGGUGGCUAUAAACUGCCAGUAGAGAGGGGCAAUAUGAGUCAGAGUGAUGCGGGUAACAAACACGAUGAGCUCUAA